AUGGCCACAGUGGAAUCCUUACUGUCAUUGACCGAAGCAGCCAUCUAUAUGGGAUUGCCAGGGCUUUGCGACAAGGUGCAAAUGUGUCUCUCCCGUAUCACGGUCGAAUGCCCGCCAAUGGCCUGGAAGAUUCUGGAAGCAUCGACUCAAAACGGGCCAGUCAUCUCGAAGCCAAUGAAGAAUGAUGCACUAAAACGGACUCGGAUCCGGAUCCGGUUCAAUUGUCCAAACCUUGACGUUUUCCAUGGAAUUAUCCUUGGGACCAUUAGUGCCGACACUCUCAUGACAGUCGUCGAUGAUCUUCGCAAAUUGGCCCAGACCGACGACCGGUCCAAGGGAUUGGAUGAUUGCAUUGGAGUGUGCAGGCUGCUCAAAUAUUGGACCGGCAGCCCUCCUUCCACCGGUGAAACCAAGGAACGCCGAUUGAAUGCCGCCAAGCACUUGAUGCAAUGCUAUGAGCAAAAACUGUUGCGCUCCGAUACCUUGUCUGUCCUGUUCACUGCGCCCAAGUGCGAGCAGCGAUGGAAGACACAAAAGUCUCAUAUCUUCGCAACGUCUAAGCCAAAAGAAACGGAUCGUUUAGAAGGACAUGUGUUUGCUUUGGGAGAGACGUAUCAGUGGACGGUCAAAACGAGGGCCGUGGAUCUUAAUGGCUUUGGUUCUUCCCUGUGGCUUGGCAUUGCAAAGUCCACGGCGACACUCUCUCCAAGAGUGUCUUGCGAAGGACUAGAGGAUUGCUGGGGCGUUUCUGGAGAACGAGGAACUGUUUGGUCCGAUGGUGUAUCUACAGAGUUUGGUUCGACAGCCUUUUUUGGAAUGAGUGGAUCACGCCAUGCCAUCACCAUGACCCUCGACUUGUCCGUGAGCAACACAGACAACGGUACGUUGUCCGUGACCGUGGAUGAUCGAGAACCACUAGUGAUCGCUUCCAAUCUGUGCAAAGAGUUGAAAGGGACUGGCGUUGGCUAUGUACCCGUAGUGUCCGCCGACUGGCAAGUGGUCAUCAUUGAGAAUGUUCGGGAACUCUAG